AUGCUGAGAAAAACGAUCUCCUUUGUUCUAUUUUUUAGUUACCUUUACAGGAGUGUUCUGUGCGAGCCCUCCUAUACAUACAAAUUAAAAAAUAUCGAAUGCUUAACAAAGCCCGCAUAUGCGACAAAUGUUUCUUGUCUUGUAAAAGCCAUUAACUGGAACAAGGCAGUGGCCCAAAUGGACGUGGAUCUUGUGCAGCCUUUGCGAAACAUAUCGGUUCGACUGCAAUACUUUAAACGAGACUACAGCAACCAGUACCAACCGUUUCUCGUGGAUGUGAUGAUCAAAUUCUGUGACAUACUCUCAAAGCGAAACUUUUCACCCUAUGGGAUAAUGCUUCUUCAAGUCACCAAAAGAUUUACGAACUUUAAUCACUCCUGCCCUUUCUCCGGCCAUUUAUUAGCACGCAAUGCAUAUUUCGACGAAUCAUUUUUCCCGAACCUUCUUCCAUUGGGUCUGUACAAAACGAACAUUACCGUCUGGGAAGGCUAUGCGAAGCGUCCAAAUGGGCAUGUUGGAGAUAUCGUUUGGUAUAUGGAGGUUAUGCCGGCAUACAAGAAAAAAAAUAGAACUCAAACAUAUCCCUUUUAA